AGAGUCGGAUAGAAUAAGAGGAUUGAAAAAAUAUACAGCAUAUAUAAACUUGGCUGAGAAAGAGAAAUUCAAUGGGAGAAGUGGCAAUUUGUGUGGAUAAUUAUGAUUAUUACGAUUCGGCAAAGAACGCUAUAUGCUUUUGUAGAAUCUGCCAUGAAGCAGAGUUUGAAAGCUUCAAGCCCAUGGAAUCUCCUUGUGGAUGUUCUGGAACUGUCAAGUUUGCACACAGAGAUUGUAUACAGAAAUGGUGCAAUGAAAAAGGAAACACAAUAUGUGAACUCUGUUUGCAGAGGUAUGAACCUGGGUACACAGCGGCCCCACCGCAUAAAAUGGCUGGCGCAACCACUUUGACAACUAGACGGAGUUUGGAGAUCCCAUUCGUAGAGGCUGAGGAAGAUGGUGAUGAUGAUGAGCAAUAUAAUGCCUACUAUUCACAAUGUUUAUUCGACGGCGCAGAUCAGAGGAGUGGCAGUUCCUGCUGUAGAUCAAUCGCUCUCAUUUUCACAUUCUUGCUUCUCAUGAGACAUGUAUAUGAAGUUGUUGCCCGAGAGGAAAAUGAUAAUACAUUUUCACUUCCAACUCUAUUGAUGAUAAAGGCUAGUGGGAUAUUACUUCCAAUGUAUGUUCUUCUCCAGAUUGUCACAUUCAUCCAGAACGCCAUUCAUCAACAGCACCAUUUUUACAACACGGACUCUAAUGACGUAUGAUCAAAUUGACGGCACGCUAAACUUUUCCGUUAACUUAAACCAUGUUUAAUUUUGGUGCUCCUCUAUUCAGUUUAUUGUGUAACACCGAGUGUAUAUAUAUAGUACGAUUGUACGUUUGAUAUAGUUUCUUUUUUUGGUCCUGUAUAUUAUAUUCUUGAUAUUAUUGACUUAUUGUAAUUAUUUUGCCCCAUCUCAAUCAACCUACACGCAUAUAUAUUUUGUUCUAACCAAAAAAUAUUCAAGAGAUUGAUAAAUAAGAUGAAAUAACUAAGCAAAUU